AAUAUUAAACAAAAUGCAAGUAACUAUUAAAGAGUUGUGUGGUCGUACUCAUGCAUUCGAAGUGAAAGUUACAGACAAUAUUAAAACACUCAAGGCUAUGAUUGAAUUCAAAACAGGAAUUCCGACGAGUGAACAUCGCUUGUUAUACAGGGGUCGACAACUCGAUGAGAAUGAAACUAUUAGUGCUUGUAACAUUAUGAAUAAUACAUACAAUAGUUCAUAUGAUUCAACGAUUUCGUGGUUGUUGAUGUUAUAA